AUGCCAGUACUUCAGGGAGGUACAGUUGUUGCGACUCUGGGCAGCCCCAUCAAGAAGAAUAAGUUGUCCCUCAAGUUUUUCCAUAAAAAGGAAACCAAGCGAGCUUUGGACUUUUCUGAACCUCAACCUGAUGAAGCGGAGGAGUCAGUGGAGCAGGAGCCAAGCAGCUGUGAUCAGGUCUUUGGGCCAUCACCAUGUCCAUCUUCUCCCAGCCACGUUUUAUCUCUGGAGAAGAAGGAAAACCUUGUCCCAUUCAUUGGCUUCAACAAUUUAGGAAACACCUGCUAUUUGAACAGCGUGCUGCAGGUUCUGUACCACUGUCCAGGACUUCGAGAAGGCAUAAAGAGCCUGUACAGUCUCUCUAAAAAAGAAAAGGCGAAGGAUGAAAGUGUGAACACUGAAGAGACCGAAGAGGAGAGCGUUCCACCUUACAUAGAUCUCCUCUGCAGCUUCAAUAACCUCAUCACAUCAGUGGAGGAAUUACAGUCCAGCUUUCUGCUCAACCCCGAUGGCUUCACUGAGGGAGACAUGGCCACGCCUCCUCGCAAAAUACUCAAUACUCUCAGGUGGGCAAAAGGACUUCGAGAAGGCAUAAAGAGCCUGUACAGUCUCUCUAAAAAAGAAAAGGCGAAGGAUGAAAGUGUGAACACUGAAGAGACCGAAGAGGAGAGCGUUCCACCUUACAUAGAUCUCCUCUGCAGCUUCAAUAACCUCAUCACAUCAGUGGAGGAAUUACAGUCCAGCUUUCUGCUCAACCCCGAUGGCUUCACUGAGGGAGACAUGGCCACGCCUCCUCGCAAAAUACUCAAUACUCUCAGGCAACUUAACCCCAUGUAUGAAGGCUACCUCCAACAUGACGCACAGGAGGUGCUGCAGUGCAUCCUGGGAUAUCUGCAUGAAGCCUGUGACACCAUAAAGAAAGAACAAGAACUGGAGCAGAACGAGCCUGAGGUGAAACAGGAAAACACUACAGCAGAAGAGGAGGCCCAGGUCAACGGAAAACGAAAAAGUGAUACGGAGGCCGGAAAUGCCAAGAAAAAGCCGAAAUCUGUAAAGUCUAAAGGGUCAAGUGGCGAGGAAGAGCAGAGCGGGAGCAGCAUACAAACUCGCUCCAAGAGGAAGUCUUCAAGCGAGGCUCCGAUUGAGCCGGUUCAAGUUAAGAACGAGGCGCAGGAGACCACAGAUACUGACAAGACGAGCUCAGAGCAGGAGAACGAGGCAGACAAAGCUGCUAAACCAGAGAAGGACAGCAAAACCAAGAAGAGAGCCAAGCUGGGCUGGCUCAGGCCUUCCAAGAAGCAACCUAGCAUCUUCUCAAAGUUCCGCAGCGUGGGGCGGAUCAGCUCGACCAAGACCUCAGGCAAUGCUGAAGGCGAAGAGAAGCCUGAGGAGGAGAGCACCGAGGCCCGUCAGGAGAUCAAGGCUCAAGAGGAUUCUCCAAAGACUCACGGUGUGUUGGAGCUGAUGGAGCGGCUGUUCCAAGGGCAGCUGGUCCUGAGGACGCGCUGUCUGGAGUGUGAGAGCUUCACUGAAAGGAGAGAGGACUUCCAGGACAUCAGUGUGCCUGUGCUGGACGAGCAGCCCAGUAGCCCCGACGACCUGUCUGAAGUCUCUCCAGAUCCCAAACCAGACCUAAAGACCCUGAACUGGGCAAUCGGCCAGUUUGCUUCUGUGGAGCACAUCUUUGGAGAAGACAAGUACUUCUGUGAAACGUGUCAUCACUACACUGAGGCAGAGAGGAGUCUGCUGUUCGACAAGACUCCAGAGCUCAUCACCAUUCACCUCAAGCGCUUCUCUGCCAACACGUUAGACGUGGACUUGUACGCCGGCCUCUCCAAAGUCAACACGCCGCUGCAGACGCCCCUGACGCUGUGCCUGGACGAGUGGUGCACGCAGCGCUCGGCUGAACACGGCCAGAACUACGAGUUGUUCUCCGUGGUCAUGCACAGCGGCGUCACCAUCAGCAGCGGCCACUACACCGCCUACGUGCGCAUGUCCGACCUGCGGGACGUCAAGCUCCGGCGAGACCAGCCCCCCGAGCACGCCAAGGCAGAGACAGACGACAAACCGGCGGAGAAACGGCUCAAGGACGAAGACGAAGGAGAGGUGUUUGUCCCUCGAGCGCAGAGAGGCAGCGCCGUGGGGAAAAAGGCUUCUGAGGGGGGGAUAGGGCUUUUGGGAGGACAGAGGAGCGUGGCGGCGUGCGAUCUCAAACAGGACAAAGCCGUGGCGGAAGGGACCAAGAGGAGGAAGACCGUCGGGAGCGAAAUGGGACUUAAGAAAGCGGCCAAUUCACAAGAGGCGACAGAGGUGCAGGCGUGCGGCGACAAGGCCUCAGAGAGCAAGGCCCUGAGCAGGCUCUCGGAGUACGAGGGGAAAUGGAUGCUCUUUGACGACUCGGAGGUGAGACUCUUUGACGAGGAGGACUUUCUCAGAGCCUGCUCGCCAGAAACGGCCUCGUCAUCCACACCGUAUCUGCUGUUCUAUCGGAGAACUUGUAAACUGUGA